UUUGAUUAUCCAUGAGAUUCCAAUUUUUUACUCGUUUCCAAUAAGCAAAUAAGACAAUUAGGAAUCCUAAUUCCAUUUCCAUCGUCAAUUCUAAAAAUUAAAACAUACGGUUUUCACCACUCCUGGCUACACUACCCCACAUUGAAGUUUGCGUGAAAACCCCAUAAACCAUGACAAUUUCAGCUUCUUGAGAGAUCAUUUUGACUGACCAAAUCUUAAUGACAUCAUUUUGAGUGAUCAAAUCUGCAAAAACACCCACACAACACAAUUUAUAAAUCUGCAGAGAAAAAAGAGCAGAGAAACGAUUCUCUGCUCUUUUUACUCGUCGAACCGAGAACGAGUAUUGAAUUUUUAGGGUUUUGAUUACAAUUUCCAUGGCGGACGCUGUGAUUCCUACUGGAGUCCUUCGUAAUCUCGCCGAUAAGCUCUACGAUAAGCGCAAAAAUGCUGCCCUCGAGGUUGAGGGCAUAGUGAAGCAGUUGGCGGUGGCGGGCGCUCAUGAGAAGAUUUCGGUGGUCAUCAAUUUGUUGACCACCGAGUUCACCUACUCGGGCCAAGAGAAUCGCCGGAAGGGAGGAUUGAUAGGAUUAGCUGCCGCCACUAUUGGGUUGACUUCUGAAGCAGCUCAGUAUCUUGAGCAAAUAAUGCCACCCGUGCUUAAUUCUUUCUCUGAUAAAGAUAGCAGAGUUCGUUACUACGCAUGUGAAGCUCUGUAUAACAUUGCAAAGGUUGUUAGAGGAGAUUUCAUCAUAUUCUUUAAUCAGAUAUUUGAUGCAUUAUGUAAGCUUUCGGCAGAUUCAGAUGCCAAUGUACAAAGUGCUGCACAUCUUUUAGAUCGCCUUGUAAAGGACAUUGUCACUGAAAGUGAUCAAUUCGGCAUUGAAGAAUUUAUACCCUUGUUACGAGAGCGGAUGAAUGUUCUAAAUCCCUAUGUCCGACAGUUUUUGGUUGGAUGGAUCACUGUAUUGGACAGUGUUCCAGAUAUUGAUAUGCUGGGUUUUCUUCCCGAUUUUCUUGAUGGUUUGUUUAAUAUGUUAAGUGAUUCUAGUCAUGAAAUUCGGCAACAAGCUGAUUCAGUCCUUUCAAAGUUUCUUCAAGACAUUAAAAACUCCCCAUCUGUAGAUUAUGGUCGCAUGGCUGAAAUACUUGUUCAAAGGGCAGCUUCUCCAGAUGAGUUUACUCGGUUAAAGGCAAUCAUUUGGGUGAAGUAUAACCAGUCUCUUCUGUCAAUCCUUUUCUUUUUUAAACAAAAGUUCUAUGGUGUUUUUUUUCUUAAACAUUGAAGAUUGGCAGCUUUUACUGUUUUUCAACUGCACUUCAUAUAAAUAGUCAAACUUCUUAAUUUCUUGAUUGAACAGAUAAAUGAAGCCUUGAACAUUUUAGUUCAACAGCGUACCUCUCCUGAGAUCGGAGAUUCCUACAUCAUUGAUGUCGAACCAAAUAAUAGCAACAUUGUACAUAGAACACAUUGCGGAACA